AUGAGCGGCAGGCUCGUCGCGGGCCGCCUUUCCACCAUCGCACGCCGCUCACCGCUGCUCACUCCGCGCUUCUACACGACACACUCGCUGCCCGCCGGUGGCCUCCUCCGCAACCAAGCCGGCCUACGCCUGGUGAAGCGACGACCAUGGCCGCUGGGUAGCUACUCGCUGCACAACAUCCCCGCUACACGCUCCAUCUCCUUUGCGCGCGUCAUACCGAAGCUCGUGGGCAAGUUUGCGACUGUAGGCGCCGCUGCAGGAGGGGCUGUCGUUGCAGGCGUCUCAUAUAUCCAGUACCAAGCUGGCCAGGCGGGAACAUUCGCACUCGACCUCUUCCACCGAACCAAAGACGGCGCGACCGAAUUUGCGGGCGGCGCACUCAGCACGGCAAAUGGCUUCUUCGACCAGCUAGAAAAGGGCUUCAAGUCGACCAAGGACGAAUUCGAGGGCGUGCAAUACCCGGAAUGGCUACAGCGCCUACUCGCCAAGGACGAAUCUGGUGGUGGUGGCAGUAACGGUGGCGGCAGAGGCCCAGAAGAACCCAAGCAGAGCGGUGCUGGAUCUGCUGCUGCCGGUGCAUCAACAGCGGCGGCGUUCGGAUAUGCCCAGGAAGAUGACGAAGACAGACCACAGGCGGAGAAGAUCGCACGAGACGAGCAAAUGAUGAUGCUCACCAAGAAGAUGAUUGAGAUACGCGGGCUUCUGCAGACUGUUGGACAGUCCGAUUCGCUCACGCUGCCCUCCAUCGUUGUCAUCGGAUCGCAAUCGUCCGGAAAGAGUUCGGUCUUGGAAGCCAUCGUGGGCCACGAGUUCCUGCCGAAAGGACACAACAUGGUAACGCGGCGACCCAUUGAGCUCACACUCGUCAACACACCAGAUGCGCACGCAGAGUACUGCGAAUUCCCUGCUCUCGGCUUGGGAAAGGUCACAGAUUUCAGCCAGGUGCAGAAGACGUUGACAGACCUGAACCUGGCUGUGCCAGCGAGCGAUUGCGUCUCCGAUGACCCUAUCCAACUGCGCAUCUACUCGCCAAACGUCCCUGAUCUCUCCCUGAUAGACCUGCCCGGCUACAUCCAGGUCGUUGGCCGAGACCAGCCCCCGCAGCUGAAGGAAAAGAUCUCGCAGCUUUGCGAGAAAUACAUCAAGGCACCCAACGUCAUCCUCGCCAUCUCCGCCGCCGACGUGGAUCUGGCCAACAGCACCGCGCUGCGAGCGUCCCGACGCAUGGACCCUCGAGGCGAGAGGACUAUUGGUGUCAUUACAAAGAUGGACCUUGUGGAUGCCGAACGCGGUGCCAGCCUUCUCAGCGACCAGAAGUAUGCUCUGCGCUUGGGAUACGUCGGUGUAGUGUGCCGGGUACCGCCCGGUGCUGGUGGUUCGAAGCUCUUCAGCCGUGGCAACGGCAACAUCACCAAUGCGAUCACAAAGAACGAAAAAGCCUACUUCUCGUCGCAUCCCGAGUUCUCAGAAGGAUCGGAGCUCGCUGUCGGAACCCAGAACCUCAAGAAGAAGCUCAUGCAUGUGCUCGAGCAGACAAUGGCCGGCAGCCUCAAGACAACGAGCGAGGCUAUCCAAAGGGAGCUCGAAGACGCCCGAUACGAAUACAAGGUCCAAUACAACGAGCGACCUAUCAGCGCAGAGUCAUACCUUGCGGAAUCGUUAGAUGGUUUCAAGCACUCCUUCCGUGGCUUCACCGAGCAGUUCGGUCGCCAACAAGUUCGUGACUUGCUCAAGCACGAGCUCGACCAACAGGUACUCAACCUGCUUGCACAGCGCUACUGGAACAGACCUUUCGACGACCUCAGCGUUCCCUUCCCUGAGACCGACCCUCUUACGAACCUUGCCAAAGCUGAUAUCGAUGGCGAAGAUCAAAUAUGGCAGAUCAAGCUCGAUAGCUCCAGUGCUGCACUUACAAAAUUGGGUGUCGGACGUCUAGCCACCAACGUUGUCGCAAGUGCGCUCCAAGCACACAUCGACCGCCUCAUCACAAACUCUCGCUUCGCCGCCCACCCCUUCGCCCGACAAGCCAUUACCGACGCUUCCACUUCCAUCCUCAAAGACCUUUCCUACGACAUCUCCGACGAGUUGGAGAUCUGCAUCAAGCCCUACAAAUACCGCAUCGAAGUCGAGGACAACGAAUGGGCAAAAGGCCGGGAAAAUGUCACGGCUGUGCUCAAGGACGAGCUGAAGGUCGUUGAGGCUGCCGUAAAGCAGCUUGAAGAACAAGUUGGUGGCCGCAAGCGAGUCAGGGACGUGAUGUCAUUCAUUGACCGCGUACGAAGCGGACAAGUUGUUCUUGAAGGUGACGGAGUUGGUGGUGCUGGCGGGUUCAGCUCUGCCCUCCUUGCUAAGGGCCGAGAAGCAGUCUUCCUCCGCGACCGUAUCGACGUUCUCAAACUACGCCUCCUCGCCAUCAAGAGCAAGCAAUGCGCCAGCAAGAAGAACAAAUACCACUGCCCAGAAGUUUUUCUCGACGCUGUAGCAGACAAGCUUACAACGACUGCCGAUCUCUUCCUUGACGCUGAGCUGCUAAGCAAGUUCUACUACAUCUUCCCACGUGAACUCGACGCCCGUCUAGGCCGCGGCCUCUCCCAAGAAGAAAUCGACCGCUUUGCCAAAGAAGACCCCAAGAUCAAACGCCACCUCGAUGUCGUGCGUCGCAAGGACCUCCUCGAACACGUACUCAAGGAGAUGGAGGGUCUGCGCCAACUCGAGCAAAGAGAGAAGCGCAUGAUGGGCCGCCGAGAUGAUAGGGAUGACCGGAGGAAGAAGGGCUGGAGUAUGUUCUAG